UAACUCAGCAGACUACAGGUAGGACAAACUGCAAUUCUUUGCAUUCAUCAAUUUUAUCAAAUUUUUUUUGUCACAUAAAAAAUACAAAUAUCAUAAAAAGUUCUUCAAUGACAUGAUCAAGUCUGUAAUUUUUCUCUUUCCAGUUACAGCACAGAAUGUCUGCCGCACAAAUAAUGUGAAUCUGACCCAAAAAAAAACAUUUCAGUCUUCAAAUUAUUCGAACCAAGGACUUGUUUAUGUUUCUGACAGAGCAGUUGAUGGCAAUUUCUCAACAUGCUCUAACUCAGAAGAAGAAAGAAACUCCUGGUGGACAAUUGACCUGAAGGGUGUUUACAAGAUUUCCUGCAUCUCCAUUUACAACAAAAAUGCGACUCACAGUGAUAUAACGGGAGCUCAGAUCUUCAUUGGGGAUCUUCGACAGAACAACGGCCUCGCCAACACCCUGGUGAAAAAUAUCACUAAGUUCAGAGUGGAAGAUAAACAUAAUCAGUAUAAAUUCAAACCACCAGUGUCUGGGCGCUACGUCACUGUGCGCUUUUCAGAUAACAAGCCUGCAGUUCUGUGUGAAGUGAACAUCACUGGCACAAUAAUAGAAUCCCCCUUUCAACUGAUCAAGCAGAAAAAGACCUGGGAGGAGGCUUUGUACUACUGCAGAUAUCAUCACAGCAACCUGGCUUCCAUCCUCGAUAAUAGAAGUCAGGCCUUUGCUGAGCUGGAGGCGGAGCGAGCGGACACUCCCUUUGUGUGGCUGGGCAUUCACUACACCUGCACCCUGCAGUUCUGGUUCUGGGUUGAUGGGAAUGUUGUACAGUUUCAUCAUUUUUUGCAGAGCAGUAUGACUGAAGACUGUGACAUGAGUGGUGCCAUGCACACAAGAGAGGACUAUUACUGGCAUAAGAAGUCUGAUUAUGACGAAUAUAAUUUCAUCUGUGCAUUGUAAUUCUUUUAUUUGUUUAGUCAGAAAGGAGACAGCAGAAGCUUUAUUGCGUAAAGGUAAUUUUGUCUUGUAAUAUGUAUGAUAGAUAAAAGUUUGAACACCAAUGUAGCUUUUGCAACUCACCUAAUUUUAUCAGAAUAAUUUGCCUGGGUUUUUUGGAUUUAAUUGCGCACCAUCCUUGUGACAGCUUUUCUUAUAUAUUUUUGUAAUCUGUGUUGUAAAAUCACAAAUGAAGUUUAAUUAAAUUUCUUUAUACUUUUUAUGAUAUCAGAUGCUUUA